AUGGGGGAAUUCUACCGGGCGACCACCAUCACGCCGGUCCCGCGCCGCUACGGCGUGCGCGGCGGCAACGCCAUCGCCCGCAGCCCCGAGAAGGCCAUUCAGCUCUGCGCCCUGCACGCGCUCGACGUCCUCUGCGCGCUCGACAUCCCGCUCUUUCUCGAGGAGGCGAAGCAGCGGCAAUUCCUGCGCCGGCGCCGGCUGCUCGGGAUGAUCACGCCGGAUGGGAUGAAGCGGCGCAUGGUGCGCCCCAAAAGCGCUAUGUACAUGCUUAAAACCACCAACGGGCCCGCCGAGACGGACGAGCUGGGGGGGGACCCGAGCGCCCGCGCAGGGGAGACCCCCGCAAAUUCAGAUCCCCAGGCGAAGUUCUACACAUCGCCGAUGCCGGGCUACAUGAUCGAAGGCAACGUCGUGCGCUUUCCCCCGCGGAGCGAUGACACCCUGUCGAUCCUCCAACUGCGCCUUCCGGAGGACUGCGUGAUCUUCGGCGAGGGCUUCCCCGAGGACGAAAUUCAAGCCCUCGGCAACGAUGCAAAGGUCUGCGUGCAGAACUACAUGCGCCAGCAGCACAGCGUUAACUCGAAGGAGCCGCAACCCGUUCGGAAAGCCGCCGCGGGGGCGAACCUCCCGGAAGGGGACCUCCCCCAUGACCCCACGCGGCCGCCGGCAGACGACCCCGCCGAGGACCUUUCCCCGACCGAGCACGAGGAGCUCGAGAAGCUUUCGGAAUGGAUCCGCGGCUUCCCCCUCAACGUCAACCCCUCGCUCUACGUCACCGGAUAUGGCAAGCAGGUCAGCGUGUACAACAUCGCCUACAUCCGCCUUCCGGUCCCGUCGGCUCGGGGGGGGGAACACACGCCCCCCGCCGUCAAACCUCUCAACUCUAAAAAGAAUAAAGCAGAUCUAAAAACAACGGAAACCAACCCUACCGCCGCCAUCUCCGCGGUGCUGAGUGAAGUCACGAUGAUGGCGGAUGCGUUUUACACCCCUUCCCUUCAAGGCCGUAGUGCGCCGGCCACUUCGCCGAUCCUCCGCCCCGGGGACCGCCCUAAGGUCGAGGUCCAACCAACUCCCGACCCCGACGGUGAGGCGACGAGAGACCACCUACUCGCGGUGGGGAUGUCCUUGAAGAAAAAGGACGCGGAGCGAAUGUGCUUCCUUCACGCCGCCACCCUCCUCAAAUACCACUACAACGAGGACGUCUUGCAGAACUACCGGUUGGGUCUCCCGCGUAAGGGCGGCGCCACGUCGUGCGAGGAUAUUCAGAAAAUGUACAAACCCUCCUCCGGAGCGAACGCUGAGGUCGAAGACGCGAAAGAAAAACCAGAGGGCGAUCAGGAUGGGAAAGGCGGUUUGAAUGCACCACAGUCUAAAGAGGCCGAAAUUCAACCGCAUCCGGCCCCGCCGGGGCCGUUUUUGCACAACGCGAUGAAGACUUUCAUGGGUAGCGGGCGGUCUAUUACGCAACCCAGGCGGCGCCCCCUGUGUCCAUCUUUUAACCCUUUUUAUAAAGGAGAGCGAGAAGCUUCCUGA